AUGCCGGGGUUCUUUGGCACCGGCGGUGCCUCGACGUUCGGAACACCUCCGCCGCAAGAGCCGCCGGCGAAGUCGGACUGUGUGCGUGGGUUGAGAAAAGCGCUCGAGAAGUACAACCUGCUGGAGAGCCGCAUUUGUACUUGCCGGGCCCGAGGCCGAUGUACUGUUUGCGCAUGGCGCCGCUGGGAAGGCCACGCGUACGAGGACCCAGCUCUGCGAGAAGAU